AUAAACCAAGCUAUAACACGUGUAAUCUUGAAAUCGAUAUUGUCGACAGAGGGCGCUGUCCAAAAACGUAAAGCAACUUGGUUUACAUGACCCGGAAACUAAAAUCACAAGGGCAACGAUGUGAUUUUGUUUGUGUCUUCUGGUGGUUAUUGUCAAAGAGUAGUGUCUGACAUUUAAGCGACCUAUACGUUGUAUUUGUACAAGGUGUGUUAAUAGAAAUGUCUAUAAUUUGCGAAGUUAGCCGAAACGUAAGGCUAUUAUUCAGACAAAUUCAGCCAUGCAAACACAUGGGAGUAGCAGCGACUCUACGAAGCCAGAGUCACUCAGUUCGUAGUUUGUCACAAGCAGCUGCCGAAGUCCAACCUGAAUGUGACGACAAUGAGGCUGUCAACAAAGAAUUCGUCAACCGAAAUCCACGAAAUCUUGAACAGAUUGCUAUAGCUAUAAAGGACAGAGGCUGGGCAACAGUAUGGCCCUCAAGAGAGUUCUACCACAGAUUGUACUUUCAUCGGACGCAGCAUCACAUUUCAGCCGAGGUGUACUCAAAGGACUCCAUCGACCCUGUUAUCACUUGCUCCACACGGGAAUGGGCAAUUAAACGUGAACUGGGCUCCACACGGUCUGUCGCCGCCUGCCAGGUGGUGGGCGAAGUGCUGGCACAGAGGUGUCGGGAGGCUGGCAUCACCCGUAUAGUUUUCCGAGAGAUCCCAUGGAAAUUCCGAUGUGAAGGGACAUUGACGUUUUGGACAUCUUUGAAGAAGGGUGGAGUCACUCUAAGUGAACCCAGACGGAAGUAUAAGUGAAUCUCUACCUUCACCUGUCAUUCUUUCUCCUGGUCCAAAAUAAACUUUCCCAACUGCA